GAACGCGGGGUGCAAACGCGUGCCACUCUCCCACUAUAAGUACUGGUCGCGUGUCUGGAAACUCACUCACAACUUAUCUCUCUCCGCUCGAAUCUCUACUGUACUUCAAGCACAGCUACUGCCUACUUCAACCCAAAUAUGAUGAAUGAAGGAAAAUCUCUUGCCGAAGCCCUGCUGUCUGCCAAGGCGGAGGGUCGCCUCACUGUUGGCGUCUAUGAAUGCGCAAAAAUAAUGAACGACGACCCUGAUAACGUGUCUUUCUGCCUUUUGGCCACUGAUGACUUUGAGUGCGACAUCGCUCUCCAGAUCCAUUUUACUCUGAUCCAAGCGUUUUGCUUUGACAACGACAUCAGCAUCGUCAGAGUAAACGACCUGAAACGUCUCAACGCUCUUGUUGGUGCCAAGGGUCAACUUGAGGACGCUCACUGUGUCCUUAUAACGAACCCAGCUGAGGACUCAUGGGAGGAUCCAGCUCUGGAGAAGCUGCACCUGUUCUGUGAAGAAAGUCGCAGCUAUAACGAGUGGGUUCCUGAGAUCACUCUGCCCGAGCGUUGAUCUGGAGCUUUACUCUUCUAUGCUGAGAUGCUGUAAACCUUGAGGAAUACUCAACUCAUCCUUCAAAGCAAGGAUGCUGAUGUUUCCACAUCCCUGGAUGCUCCUGAGGAGGCUGAACCGUCCAGGCAGCGCGAGGCAGGCCCGAGUGGCCCUCGCGGUUCUACGUCGUUCCUCGUCCCGUCCAUGCCAAGAUGAUCCUCAUUCUUUAUGUGAACGAGGUCAGGUAUGCCACGAGAGCGACACAAUGGCCCUCAUUCUUUGUGCGGAUGAGGUUUGGAGAGGAAGGAGAAGCGAGUUUUGCCUCUGUUCCACAGAGCAAAUAUCGCAUGCGUUGGACACGCAGAGGACGCGGCGGUGCGUCGAAGCAACGUUUUUAAAAAUGGACUUUAACAUCUUAGACGUUUUUAAAAAUGUAAUUUCUGCAUAAUAUAACGUACCUUAUUGUCAGCAAUGUGCUUUCCACUUUCCAGAAUUGUCUUAUUCUCUAAAGGUUUCACUUUAGAAACAUUAAUAUGACAUAAAAAAAAGAAAGAAGAAGAAAAAAAACUUAAGAAUCUCUAAAGGUUUAACUUUAGAAAAAUGUGAUUUACAAAAAAAAAAAAAAAUUUAAUUAUGCUGUUAAAUUUGUUUGUAGACAAAGGAAAAUGAAAAAAAAAAUUGUGGAAAUGAUUACAUUUGUCUGAAGAUUUUACUUUAGAUAUUUUGUUUGAGUCAAAAAUGAAUAAAAAUAAAAGACAGUUUUGAAUUAAA